GCAAAUUCGUUCCCUGUCGUCAGUCUGUCGAUGCGAUUCUAGCCCGAAGCUCGUAAAGUCUGUUCCAAGUGCUGCCGGAAACCGUCUCCAGACGAUGAUGAAGUGUGGAUCCCCACAGCUAGUAAGAAAACUAACCGUCGGGUUGUCUGUUCGCAAAUGGUGUUAGAUUAGAGAAGUUGUUUUUUGAAACAUUCAGAAAAUCCGUGAUUUCGGUGGAAACGAGAGAAGAAGAAUUGAGAAAAAAAACAUACUUAGAAUCAAUUAUUCUGUUGUUCGGGCGUUGUACCUGUCUGGGUGGUGAGUGAGCAUAAUGUGAUUUUUCCGAGCCGAAGAAAAAUUCGAAAAAUAAGAACGUCCAAGGAUGAGAUUUCCACUCCCUGCAUAAUCCGGGUUGUUUCUGGUCUAGGAAUAGGAAAAAAAGCAAAAGGAAACUGAAGAGGCACACCCCCGCUCGGGUAUUUCGUCUAACGGGUGACCAGCGACACGGAAAAUAUGUGCGUCCCGUUGUAUUACCAUUGACCGCAGCUCGGCAAAUCCGAUUAGUGUGGUGACAAUGGGAAAGAGCAGUAACAGCCACCGCGAAGGACUAUAUCUAUGCCAGGGUCGAAACAAACAAAAAAGUCUCAGUGUCCUGCCUGGGGAGCUUUACGAUGACUUCGAUGGCUCCGUGCCUUGCGAAUUGUGAGACGAGAUAAAAGUAUUCUUUCACCCAUUGUUGUUUGCCAUUCUAAACGGUUUCGAAGAGCCCCUUUUUUUCUCGCUACUAUUGGUGUACUCGUACUCAUACUAGUGUGUUAUUUGGCAGUUAAAGUAACGGCAAGAAGGAAGAAAAUAUCGCACAAGACAACAACGGUGUGGAUCAUGUGGCUUCCACUAGUCGCGUCAUAAAAGUGUACAGUGAUAAAGUGAGGCUUGUGCUCUGACCAGAGUCGAGCGAGUAUCAUAAAAUCAAUAAAAUAAUCAUAAAAGUAAGGCUAUAUACAGCUGCUUUUGUGUGUGCGAGAAGAAAAAAAAACAGCAUAAGUUGGGGGCGGCAGGCAGAAGUCCUUUUUGCUUCUCUUCAACUAUAGAUACGAAGCUGGCGAAGUGACCAACCGACCGAGAGUGUAUUGUAUAAGGCAAGGGUUCUAUUCUGCUGAAUGAGCAUCUCGAUCCGAGCGCGAGCGCCAGCAGACGGGAGAAAGUCUUGCGAAAGCUUUCCCUCUUUCUUUGCUCUCCACGGAGAAGGGUUGUUUGUGUGCACGGCCAUCGUGCUGGUCUUCGGUGUAAGUGCAUUAUCGGACAAAGUGGGUGACCAGUUCCACCCGCUCAUCCUCUGUGUGGAGAAGCUCACAAGUCCGCUGCCUGCGGCGAAGAGUUCGAGAAGCAAGCAAAUGACAAAAGUGCACAGUGAGGAAAGAAUCAUACAAUACUAGCCCAGAGGUUAACUUUUUACAAGACAUAUUGCGACACAGUUAAUAUAUCUAUAGAAGUUAGUUUGGAAACGAUACAGGCUUGUGUGAGAAAAGUUGGAAAAAGAAAGUGUUAAAUAUUGUAUUUCGACGAAGCUAGAAAAAAGCAAGCAAUGGCUCAAAAGUGCAUGAAAAUCUGUGUAUAGUGUGUGAGUCGAUCGUUAAUGGAUACGGUGAAACUUGGAUGGGGAUGAGGCGGUCCACCGUCCAAGCCGUUUUUGUCGUCGUCGUUGUUGUUGUUGUCGUUGUCUCAAAACAGUUCUCAGACAGCGCCAGCAAAGUGGAAGAAACCAGGUGCAAUUUUCUGAGCGGCUGCUGUACCAACAAUGAGGAGUGGUAGCUCAGAACUUCUGCUCGAGCAACAAGCAGAAGAGCUACGAAAGAAGAAGCUGCUAGAACUAGCGGCUGCCAAGAAGGCAAAGAAUGGUCCAGCUCCGAAGCGUACAUUGCGCGAAAAUGCCAGUUUCUACACCACUUCCAGUCUGGCGUUCCUGUCGGUGACGGCCGGAGCGUCGUUGCUGUUUCUGGUUCCACUGUAUGUCGAUCCGGCAAUUUCGACGCUGGUCGGCGACUUUGUCGAACGGCCCACAAUGUGUGUUACAACCAGGCGUGAAGAUAUGACCGGUCUGUUCAAUUGUUCAUGGAGUUCGUGCCGCGAGGGUUGCACCUCGGAUGUGUUCAAGUGCACUCAUAUUUAUGUGACGUUUAUCGACGAUCUGAACUUUACCUUCCCGUUCAAUGCGACGCCCUCGGAGCUGUUCAAUCUGACCGAUAUCGAGCGUUCGGAUGAGGCCAUCCUGCUGGUGAACAUCAAAGGCUGCGGCUAUCCACCGACGGUCAAGUGUAAAAACUUCACCGACAUGUACGGCUUCGAGGGCGCAGUGUUUCCGUGCUACUACUCGAAGCAGAACAAAACGGUCGUCAUGACGUCCUACAGCCGGGAGGACCAGGUCCAGACGAUCAUCCAUUUUUUCGCGAUUCCAUUCAUCAUUACAGUGAUCUCGUCAGUGUUUCUCUGCAUAAUGCACUGUGAUUGUAGGUGUAAGAAGGAGCGACGACGGCGGCACCGGCAUCGAAGGCCUAGGAUAGAGAAUCUCAGUGAUUCAUCGAUAUCGACGCGGGUGGACAUGCUGACACCUGCGAUUGAAGUAUACAAGCCACCCCUCUGACACAAGGACGACACCCUGGAGAGCAACCUUGGCAACCCGUCGACUAGUAGCGAUCUAUGACGAGGUGCACACCGUUGCUGGUGGUACGCUUCAUCUGCUGAGCAGACAUCGGACAUCGCUUUCCUCCUAUCGCAUCUGACGUGAAGUGGUCAAAUGGGAUAGCUAAGCCUAGGGUUCGGUGAUGUUUUGUAUGUGCGUAGUGUAUAGGAGAUAAUCGCGUACGCGUCCCCAGCCAAAGUGAUAUGUGACUAACCAUCGAAGCUGUUGCUGUUUCAUGGCCACACUACUGCGAAACGAUAGACACUUGUUGGCCCGGAAACGUGCGUUGUUUGCUAUUACUGUAACUAUAUACACACAUUCACACGUACAUUAACACACACACACUCGGGACGGCAACAAGCAUGCUUGCCGUAGAGAUGUCACCGAGAGACAGACUCCGUAUGAACGCACACGUAAUUGUCACAAAUAUGCUGUCCACGAUCCAUGGUAAUGGAAGCAGCAACUGCUUAUGAAUUUCAACACAAUAAAAAGCUGGCGAAGCAACAGCGAAGCGUAUGCCAGUAGGUAUAGGGAGGACUUUGUCUUUAUUGCAGUUUAGUUUUCAUACUGGACCAGGAUGCUUGGUAUUCAUUGGCAGGCCAAUGAUGCCAUCCCGGGUUUGCAUGCGGUCCAAUAGACAAUAAUCGAAAUCGAAAGAACCGAUACAAACUUAAACUUUUGGUUACAAUUUUUUUUUCUGCUUCAGUAGCCUCGACUAUAUGGUUUACUUGUUUCGCACAAAACUAUAAUCUUUGAUAACAAUCGACUGUUAAUUUUACACUUUGUUGUGACUGAUGCUUCUUCAAAGAUGCAACCCAUAUCUAAUCAGACAGUAACAUUUAGUACGUUAUAUUGAACGACAAUAAUGGUGAUUGACAUCGGAACGAAAGGUUAAGUCCUGGUUUCGGUUCGAAUUCCGGUUCGGAGUUUGCGAACAAAAGUUAUCCUUGACAGCGCUUCUAAGAUGUAUUAAAAUAAUGUCUGAUAUAUCAAUUAGCACAACGUAAAUGUUACAGGUUAUUUUUUCUACGAUAAUUUUGUACAAAAUUGAUAUCAAUUUUCACGAAUAGAUUUUCACUGAAUAAUUGCCGCUGUCUGCAAUAAUGCGAGCUGUAUCAUGAUUUGUUUUUUUUUGUAUCAUAAUUGAAUCGUGUUAUUUUAAAGCUCUUCGUUCUGGAAUAAAAGCAAACUUUUAAGUUUCCGUUCCGAUUGGACUCCGGACUGGAUUUUCCGGUCCGAUGUCGUUCACUGGACAAUAAUGAGGACUAAUGUUGAGAUGAGAAAAAAAAACAAGAAAAACAAUGGAAACAGCAGCAGAUUCGGUGUAGUCAUCGAACAAACUAAAGAAACUGUCUCUUUUGGGUGUCAAAUUAAGCAGCAAAUCGAUCUAAUAGGUUUAAAACUAAUUGACUAGAAUGAAAUCCAACUCGUAAAAAAACAGAAUCGUCUUAAAAAAAAUCUAUAUACACCGAGUCAAACAGCUAAGAAUGAUGCAAAAUGUAGCAAACAGUCUAAUAGGUAAGGAAAACUUCUAGCCAUAAGUAGGAUUACACAAGGUAAACUAGGGUCUAAGAACUAGAGUAUGACUACCAUGUACUUAGUACGCGAAAAAGGUUCCACAAGUUGAAGAAGAAGAAAAAACAAACGCGAAAAGAAGUUUAGAACAAAUGAAAACCCCAUUAGUUAAGAGGUAACGUUUUUUCUUUGGUCUAAGUAUGCAAAUUAGGAGCAAUCGCUAAGUAUUUCUUGCAAAUGGCGGACGUUUUGGAGGGUAUAGAGUAUCAACACUGAAGAACAGCAAUAAUCCUAACUUAGUAUUGGACAGUUUUAAAUACAAAUAGCUUUAAAAGUCGCUGAGUUGUUCCGUUCCGCUAGUCGUAUCUUCCGUUUUUGCGGCGGCUGCUUGCUGAGUUGAGAGGGUUUAGACGUUAACGUUUGGCGCCUUAGAUUUGCUUCUUUGCUGCCUAAUCCACCCCCCAACCAACGGCCUCCCCCCGCGAAAGUAGCUGUUACUACGUGCUACACGGCUUUCGUAACGAUGUUGUGGUUUGAAGCCUUCGAAUUGUAACUGCCAGCUGAGCAUUGGGCUGUAAGUAUUUUGCAGUUUAUUUUUCAUUGUGUGAAAUAUAUUUUUCAUAAUUGACGUACUAUUUUCAUUUUAAAUUUAUCGCUACUUGUUUGAGUAUUGUUAAUCAUGAAACGCGAACAUGGUCAAUCAUUUUUUUUUAUGAGACAGCACUGGUGGAGGCACUGCAUGGGUGAAUCGAAAUUAACCUUGGGAA